AUGUCCCCGCCGGGUACCAUGCCGUUUUUCGCCAAUCCUUUCAUGUCACCGUUCAUGCCUCAGCAAGGAGUACCUAUGGAUGCUGGAGCGAACCCUGCGAUGCCAGCAUUCUUCUUUUCUCCUGCUCAAUAUCAAGAGAUGAUGCAGCAGUAUUUUACACAGAUGAUGACAGCUAAUCAAUACGGGAUGAAUAUGGCUUUCCCAAUGCCGUUUGGGACUACACUUGUCCGACCUUGUAGUCAGAUAUCGCCCACGAGUGUUCAAUUUCGUGACCACCAUAAUUCUUCCACGUUUCAGGGCAAGUCACCUUGUGUUGAUUCAUCAUCUGAAAAGGUUUCAACGAAGAGUGAAGGAGAGGAGAAGAAGUUCGAACGCAAGAGUUCUCUGCCAACGGAGGACGAAAAGACCUCGAAUCUGAUUCGAAAACAAAUGAGCGAAAUAGAGAAAGAAAUCACUCGACGGUCUCAGAACAAAAAUAUCAAAAAGGUAGGCCCAUUACUAACUAGUCUACUAUUUCUGCGAAAUCUCAAUCAUAUCGAAAAUUUUGUUUAUAUAUCUGGAAGAGGUUCUGAAAUGACUGGGUGGUGGAGGAACACGGUUCUCGCUUUCAAUUUCUUGAUCGUUCGUCUUUUGAUACAAGCAUACUUUCUCCUCCAGCUAGCUGCUGCGUUCCUCCCUCAAGACCAACGACCAACAAAUGUACCAUCUGGUGGUACUAUUGCUCCUCCUCCCCCGCCAUCUGCUCAACCUUCUUCUUCAUCUGAAUGGCCAGAUGAAAAUAAGGAAAACGGAAGUACGGAAGAACCUGUUUGGGUUCUUCGUGAUUCGUACUUGAAACGAAUGCACCAAUCCGCAUUUCUGUUCAUUGAAUGCUGUUCAAAAGAACAGCGGGACGAAUGGAACGGGGACGCAAACACGGCGGCCAGUGCUUCAUCAACAACGGAAACUCCUGCAGAUGGUGAAGAAAUGGAGACUGAUCGGCUGCUUCUUAGUGGAUCGACAGGUGGCUCCCAGCCUCCGCCCCCCUCUACAGGUCACGGAAAGAAGAAGAAUAGCAAAGAAACUAUGGUUCAUGAACCUGCAGUUCUCAUCGAGGGAGUCCUGUUCCGUGCGCGAUACCUUGGCUCAACUCAAAUGAUGUGCGAAAGCCGUGGCAGCAAAGCAGCAAGAAUGGCACAAGCCCAAGAAGCCGUGGCGAGAGUGAAGGCUCCGGAGGGUGAGAUCCAACCAAGUACUGAGAUUGAUUUGUUCAUAUCAACUGAGAAGAUCAUGGUCCUCAAUACGGAUUUGCAGAGAAUCUCCGAUACAGAUGUUCGGCAGGACAUUUUAAUGGAUCACGCAUUGCGAACUAUCUCCUACAUCGCCGACAUUGGGGAUCUAGUAGUACUGAUGGCCCGGAGGAUGUCAGCGAGCAGCAGCGACGAACAGUGCAACCAAGUGGAUGGAAUCAAGAAGACACCAAAAGUUAUUUGCCAUGUUUUCGAAUCUGAUGAGGCGUCUUUCAUUGCUCAGUCUAUUGGUCAAGCUUUCCAGGUGGGUUUUUAUUUUUACGAGCGAACGGUAUUGACGAUCCAUCUACUGAAUUCUCAAGAACUUCUGGGUGAUGAGCUGGAAAUGUUUGCUCGAAAGGAAACUCAAAAGGAUGUAGUUGUACCAAAAAAGAGUGGGGAACCUCUUGGAAUCGUCGUGGUGGAAUCCGGCUGGGGUUCGAUGCUACCGACUGUGGUGCUUGCACACAUGAAUCCAGCUGGACCAGCAGCACGUUCCAAUCAGUUGAAUAUUGGUGAUCAAAUUAUCAACAUUAAUGGCAUUUCCUUAGUGGGUCUUCCUCUAUCAGCUGCCCAGACGAAUAUCAAGAAUGUAAAAACCUGCACAGCGGUACGUUUGACAGUUGUGUCCACUCCCCCCGUUGUUGAGGUGAGAAUACGGCGACCUGAUACCAAGUAUCAACUUGGAUUCUCAGUACAGAAUGGUGUCAUUUGUUCUUUACUGCGAGGUGGAAUAGCUGAGCGAGGGGGAAUUCGCGUGGGUCAUCGAAUUAUUGAAAUCAACAACCAAUCGGUAGUUGCGGUGGCUCAUGAUCGCAUUGUGAAUAUGUUGGCGACGGCUAUUGGCGAAAUCCACAUGAAGACCAUGCCAACGAGUAUGUUCCGUCUACUCACCGGCCAGGACACCCCUCAGUACAUUUGA